UUUUAUUUAUCUGUAUAGCAUCCAAUGAUAUGUCAUUUUUCGUUUUCGAAAAGCUGUAAAUUAGUCGCCGGAAGAUAGAUUCGUUGUAAUAAUAUACUAAAUCUUUAUAAAAAUUAAGAAUGUCCAUUUUAGCUUAUAAUGGAGGUGCCGUGGUCGCCAUGAAGGGGCAAGAUUGUGUUGCUAUAGCCACGGACAAGCGCUAUGGUAUCCAGGCUCAAACUGUCUCCACCAACUUUCCAAAAGUAUACCAGAUGGGACCCACCCUGUUCGUAGGCCUUCCAGGUCUUGCUACUGACACCCAAACUGUUUUUCAGAGACUUAAAUUCAGAAUGAACUUGUAUGAAUUGAAAGAGAACAGAGUAAUGCGGCCUAAGACCUUCUCAGCGAUGCUGUCUAACCUGUUGUAUGAGAGGAGGUUUGGUCCCUACUUCAUUGAACCCGUCAUUGCCGGCCUCGACCCCAUCGACAACUCACCAUACGUCUGCAAUAUGGAUUUGAUUGGAUGUCCCAAUGAACCAGAGGACUUUGUAGUGUCCGGAACCUGCUCGGAACAGUUGUAUGGUAUGUGUGAAGCUCUGUGGGAGCCAAACCUCCAGCCAGAUGAACUGUUUGAAACGAUAUCUCAAGCCCUGGUGAAUGCGGCUGACCGCGAUGCCAUCUCCGGCUGGGGAGCGGUCGUCUACAUCAUAGAGAAGGACAAGAUCACAGAGAAGCAUGUCAAGACCAGAAUGGAUUAGUUAUUAUUAUUAAACAAUUUAUUAUACA